AUGCUUGACGAGAACCUUCCCAGUACGUCAUUUGACCACAAGCCGCCAGGAAAGGAAGAGAGCUUGACUGACAGACAGACAACGACGACAGCCUUCUAUCUCAAACCAAAUGACCAGCAAAAACACCUCUGGACUAUCUAUCUCUGCCAGCACGGCGACGACCCCGAACCGGCCUACACGCUCCGCUACCCCGAUCCCUCCUCCCCCUCCUCCAAGAACCGCUAUGCCGUCGCGCUCUGCGAUCCUUUCGUGCCAGAUGUCGUCUACGGCGAGGUACUGAUCAUCCCGGAAUGGACGCAACCCAGUCUAUCCGCCGAGGCGAUCCGCCAGAACGGCGGGGUCACGCCUCCCCCAGAACCCAUCCUCCCCUCCCAGUUCAUCGUCCACCUGUACAACCCCGACCAGCAGGUGACGAUCCGCUACAAGCACAAGACGUGGAACACGCCCGCAACGUGGGAAUUCGAGAUGCCGCAGCACACCUUCCGACAGCCGUCGGCCUCGACGCUCGACCGCACGCAGACCGACCCGGCCUUGGCGGACACAACCCCGAAACUCCGUUUCAGCUGGCGCAAGGAUAGCAAGCUGUCCAAGGAUCUGACGUGUCUGUUGUCCGGGAAGACGUCGACGCUGCCCGAGGGGAGGGCGAAGAGCAAGGAGCCGGAUAUCACGCUGUCGAUUUUCAAGGCGCUACGGGAACUGACGCUGUACGAGCCGAACCUGUACCGGGUUGAGAUGGAGGAUUUCAAGGGGCUGGAGGUUGUGCUCUUGCUGGGAGCGGUGACGAUCCGGGAUGUCUACUUCACACCGAUAAAGGAUACGUUUCGAAUUGUGAGGGAUGAUGUCGUCAGGAAGCCUGUGGCUGGUCCGACGGUCAGUACUGUCAAUGGCAGUACGGGCUCGCACAGUCAGAAGCCUACGCCGGUCGUAGCUUCGAAUACAACAGCCAACGACAAACAGCCUGCGCCAACGGAAACUCAAGCCACGCGGCCAAGCCCAACACCAGCCCCGGCUCCAACGCAGCAACAGAAGAAAAAGCAAGAAGUUUCGCGCAGGGAGGAAGAAAAACGGACCAAGAAAAUGCUAGAAGAAGAGGAAAGGGCUCGCCGCAAGCGCCAGGCCGAAAUCGACAAGGAGACUCGCAGACUGCAGAAGAUCUACGGCCGCGAGGAGCAGCAGGUGCGCGCCAGCACCACGAACCUUGCAUGUCCUCCUGCGCAGUCACCGCGUCCUCAACCGCCCCCGCGGCAGCACCCGCAUCUCCCUCCGCGGCCGAGUCCACGAUACUACUACCACCAUCAGGCACCGUCCAUGUCGCACCUGAUGCCCGGACCAACUCCGACUGCGCGACCGCAUGCGCCUGGCGCUGUGCCCGCGCCUCGACCGCACUCGACGGUGCAAUUCGUGCAGCCGCAGACGUCGGGGGCCGGGGCGCGGCCACCGGGUCAGGGGCCGCUGCAGCCAAAGAAGAGUAGUUUCUUUGGGUUUCGACGGACGUCGGAGGAGGCCAAGUUGCAUAAGAAGCGCAGCUCGAUGUUUUGA